AUGAAUCUCUCGCCGGUGGUCCUUCCUAACGAUCUCAUCACAGAGGUACUUUCCAUUCUUCCGGUCAAAUCUCUUGUUCGUUUUAAGUGUGUCUGUAAUCAUUUCAAAACCCUCAUCUCCGAUCCUACCUUCGUGAAAUUGCAUCUUAAGAGAUCAACAACGUCAAAUAUGCUAUUCCCGUUUGUAAAAUGUCACGAUUUAGAUAUCUCUGGAAGAUCCUGCUUUUAUAUUUGGCUUGAUUGCACUAUUGUUCAAUACCCUAUACGCCGUUUACUCGAUAACCCCUCAUUCACCCUUUUUGAUGGUCUUAACUAUUUUUUGAACCAAAAAGGAUGUAGUUACAUAGUUGGUUCAUGCAAUGGUUUAAUUCUUUUGGCCGGCGAUUUUAUAAAUUUUCGCUGUAAUAUAGAAUAUCAUCGGACUAUAGAUUACUGGCUCUGUGUUUGGAAUCCUGCCACCAGGAAAAUUUCCAAAAAUUUUGGGCAUUUUCGUGAGUAUGGUCGUACUUCAGGUAAACAAUUCUUCUUCGCAUUUGGUUGUGAUGAUUUGAAGGACAAUUAUAAAGUGGUGGCGUACUCUUGCAAUCGUUAUGAAUUCUUAUCCGAAGUGAGAGUUCUUAGUUUGGGCGAUGAUGUUUGGAGAAAUGUUGAAAGUUUCCCGGUUGUUCCUCUUUUACCCAAUUAUGUGUAUUUGAGUGGAACUCUUAACUGGUUGGCCAUUCAAAAUGAGGAUAUUAGUGUUGAGAAAUUUGUUAUUGUUUCACUUGAUUUGAGAACAGAGACAUAUAAUCAGUACCUAUUGCCUCCUUGUUUUGACCAAGAGUCGCCUAGAGAGCCAAUCUUUGGUGUAUUGGGGGGCUGCAUUUCUCUUUCUUAUUGUUACAAGGAAACUGAUUUAGUUAUAUGGCAGAUGAAACAACUUGGAAUUCAAGAUUCUUGGACUCGCUUCCUUAAAAUUAGUUAUCAGAAUCUUGAAAUUAGUAAUGAUCUAGUUCGUAAGUAUAAUUUUCAUUUGAUGCCAUUGUUUCUUUCAAAUGAUACAUUGGUAUUGAUGAAUCGUCAAGAAUCUCAAGCAAUUCUCUACAAUUGGAGAGAUAAUAGAGUAAAACGGACAAAUAUUAUUGUUGGUAGUGGAAUUACCGAUCAUGUAACUAGCAGUUUUUUAAAUUGGGAAUUUGUCAAAGGUUAUGUUGAAAGCUUGGUACCAGUUUUUUGA